AUGCGGGUGCAGCUACUCAAGAAGAGCAUCAAUGCAACCACAUCCACUAAGUCUCUGUCCGGGCCCAGCCGCGUUUGUUCCAGUUCUUAUUGGGGGCUUGUCCAGCGUCUCAAGCUGGACGGAGGAGAGACAAGUGGGGCCGAGGGCCCGGCCUUCGUGCUGCGACACAGAACUUCUAACCUCGUACAACACACCACAGAUACCACGCCUACAGAUCCCGUGAGUCCCAGGGUGAAAGAAGACACGCCCACCUCAGGUUCUUCAACCAGUCCCCUCAUCACCACUGAGUGCCCCUCAAACAAUGGGUGUGUCCCCGAAUGCGAGGAGGAGAGAAAAAAAGAUGAAGAGGAUGACGGAGGAAGGGAAGGAGGGGAGGAGGAGAAAGAACGGGCAGAGGAUGAGAAGAGCAGUGAUGAAGGCUUCAUGGGAAUGAAGCCGCUGCUGCAGGCUCACCACGCCAUGGAGAGGAUGGAGGAGUUCGUACACAAGGUGUGGGAGGGCCGGUGGCGCGUUAUGCCUCACGACGUGCUCCCCGAUUGGCUGAAGGACAACGACUUCCUGCUUCACGGCCACAGGCCGCCCAUGCCUUCGUUUCGCGCCUGCUUCAAGAGCAUCUUCAGAAUCCACACGGAGACAGGAAACAUCUGGACACACCUGCUAGGCUGUUUGUUUUUCCUCUUUCUGGGUCUGAUGUACAUGUUCAGUCCCAACAAGUCGUUCGUGGCUCCCGUCCAGGAGAAGGUGGUGAUCGGGGUGUUCUUCCUGGGAGCCAUCCUCUGCCUCUCCUUCUCCUGGCUCUUCCACACAGUCUACUGCCACUCUGAGGGCGUCUCCAGAGUCUUCUCCAAGCUGGACUACAGUGGGAUCGCCUUCCUGAUCAUGGGCUCAUUUGUUCCCUGGUUGUAUUACUCCUUCUACUGCUCCCCCCAGCCUCGUUUCAUCUACCUGAUAGUGGUGUGUAUACUGGGACUGUCGGCCAUCACUGUCUCCCAAUGCGACUUCUUUGCCACACCACAGUACAGAGGAGUCAGAGCAGGAGUGUUUGUGGGUUUGGGUCUGAGCGGUGUGGUUCCCACCCUACACUUUGUGAUCACCGAGGGUCUGAUCAAAGCGACCACCAUGGGUCAAAUGGGUUGGCUGCUGCUGAUGGCGACGCUCUACAUCACCGGAGCCUGUUUGUACGCCGCUCGCAUCCCAGAGCGGUUCUUCCCCGGCAAGUGUGACAUAUGGUUCCACUCUCACCAGUUGUUCCACAUCUUGGUCGUCGCCGGGGCUUUCGUCCAUUUCCACGGCGUCUCCAACCUGCAAGAGUUUCGCCACAAGGCGGGUGGAGGCUGUGCCGCGGAUGGAACUCUCUAACUCACACGCACAGACACACACACACACACACAGACUCACCCGUUCUCUCACACGUAUUUUAACUGGGAGGCACCGGUUCUACUAACACGCACAGAAUUACACGCACACACACAAACAAACACGUGCUAAGACAUGCACACACGUGCUCUCUCACCAAGCUGAAGACCAGCGUGGCUUGUCCGGUGUGUGUCGGUGUGUGUAAUAAACAGGAUGAGCUCGUAGGGGGCGCUAUUAUAACUGAGGAGGGGUUUUGUUCUAUUACCGUUCCUCUGUUCCAUCCCUCACCUCAUCAGGCUAUAUUGCUUUGACUUCCAAGAUGGUGCGUUUUGUUAAACUGUUUCUGAGACUCUUCUCUUUCCUGGAAGGAUUCUCCGUUUGUUUAGGGGAUGAGACGUUCGGAGCCUCUUCUGUUUUCUGAUGUUUAGUUUGAAGAGGAGGCAGAUAAACAUACAUUGUGGGGUGUUUUUUUUGCAGAAUGCUGUUUCCUGGGUCACAUGUUAGAAAAAGGAAAUUGAGCGGGAAAUGUCUUUGGAUUUCUUCCAUGAUUGUUGAGGUUGCAGGGGGGUGGGGGUGUUCGUGUGGGCGGGGGGGUUAACAGUCACUUUUAAAAGCAAAAAAAAAAAAGAGCCCUUUUCCAUGUAAAUAAGAUUUCUAAAUUUUGGGUUAUAGAUUUGUAUGAAAUAUAUAUGAAAAAAUAACAAAAAAUUAUGGAAUGUGUUGGCGAGAGUGAAUAUGUUAGAUGAUAAAUCAAUAAAAAAUGGGGGAGAAGAGGUGUUUUAUCUAUAACGUGUUCUGAGGGUGAGGUGCAGUGGAGUGAAUCAUAUAUUCUGUCAGUGGAGGGAAGUGCUUCAGAGAGUUUCAUUAAGUCUGUAUAUGCAAGGAUGAGCGGCAGAGACGACGAGGAAAUAUGAGGCACGGCACCUGAAUAUUGGCAAAUAAGAUGCGGACUCCAGAGUCCUUAUCCCGACCCCUAAACCUUUAGAUGUAAACGAGGAGAUCGGCCUCGUCGAACCUGCGCCCGUGUGUUUUAUAAGCAUCGCAGAAUCACAGCACCGUUCUCUAAUCAGACCUCAUGAAUAAAACGUUCCCGUGCGCUUGAAACCAAAAAUACAGUCCAAACUAUGAAACCUAAAAAGCGUCACCUUGAUGUGUAGCCAUGUUCAUUUGUCUUCUUCCUGUAAAUUGUCAUAUAUUGUCUAAAGAUAAAACAAAUUUCUAUUCCACCGAUAUGAGUUUAUUGUUUUUUUAGGAUAUGCCCUGAAAAGACGUCACGGAUAAUGAAGACGUUUUUAUAAACCGAGUCAUUAUUCGUACCGUACAGUACAGUACAGUACAGAUGCAGUUCAUCGUAGUUCUCCUCAUGACACUCGGAUUCACAUCUGCACAGAACAAGGAUUAUCUGUCUAAAAAAUGUUUUUUUCCCUCUGACUGGAUUGUAUUUUAAUUUAUCCACUGCUGCUUUUGUUAUUAUUAUUAUUAUUGUUAUCACAAACUUUAAUUUUCCUUUUUUUUCUCUUUUCCCUUUGACCUUUUUUUUGCAGCUGGAGAACAUCUUUCUCUCAAGCUAAAAAAUUAUCCCCCAAAAAGUUCUGACAACGUUGUCAAACUGACCAUAACUACUACAAGGCAACAGAUCCUUCAUGUGAAGGCUUUAAAAAUCUUUCACAUGCACAAUGGAAACACUUACAUUCUGGGCCUGGUUUGAACUUAAGCAUUUUUGAAUGAUCAACAUCUCUUCUUUGCGUCACACUUUUGCUUUUCAGAACAAAAAGAAAAAUCUUAUUUUCAUCUUGUUUUAUUCUUUCUUUUUCUCAUUUCCUGUUUUUAUCUAGUUUAUAUUAAUUUAUUUGUCUUGGGGAGCGUGUAUUGUCUGUUGAAGCACACGUUCCGUUCUGAUGGGAGUGUGUGAUUGCAAUGGACCUUUAUAUCUGCUGUAUUGUUCUAAUAUAAAGGUUUUUUGAAUCUGU